AUGGCGUCCGCUUCAUCUUCGCAGCAGCCGCAGCAGGGCGGCGCUCCCACCGAUCCCGUCACAGCAGCUCAAAAGAAGCACAUCGAGGACUUGUGUCAGUCCGCCCCACCCAUGGAGGGCGCCAGCCUCAUCGUCGUCUCCAACCGUCUGCCCGUCACCAUCAAGGUCGACCCAUCCGUCCCUGGCGGCUACACCUUUUCGCUCUCCUCUGGCGGUCUCGUCUCGGCGCUGUCUGGCUGCAAAAAGACCAUGAACUUCACCUGGAUCGGCUGGCCCGGUCUGUCGGUGCCGCCCAAGGACGAGGAGUACAUCGAGAAGCGCCUGCGCGAGGAGUACAGCUGCCAGCCCGUGUGGAUCUCGGACGAGAUCGCUGACCGCCACUACAACGGCUUCUCCAACUCCAUCCUCUGGCCGCUCUUCCACUACCAUCCGGGCGAGAUGAACUUUGACGAGACCAACUGGCUGGCGUAUCGCGAGGCCAAUCUGCGCUUUGCCGAGAAGAUCCGCAGCAUCGUGCGCCAGGGCGACAUGGUGUGGGUGCAGGACUACCAUCUGAUGCUGCUGCCGCUCAUGCUGCGCACGCUCAUCGAGGGCAGCGAGCAGCAGGGCGCGACAUCGCAGCGCGAGCUCGAGCACGUCAGGCACGGCGUCGAUGGCACGCUCCAGCUCCAGGACGACGACAUGUUAGCCGCUCCCGCCGGCGAUACGUACGGCUCGCUGCGCGGCGUCAGGCCGAGCUCGCCGCCGCCCGACGACGAGGACUACGACGGCCGCGAUCAGGCCACGCGCAGUGCCACGGCAACGGGGCGUGGACUUGGCACGAGCGACGGGUCGAGCGGCCGCGGAUCGAUCAAGAUCGGCUUCUUCCUGCACACGCCCUUCCCCUCGUCCGAGAUCUACCGCAUCCUGCCCGUGCGUCGCGAGAUCCUGCUCGGCAUCUUGCACUGCGACCUCAUCGGCUUCCACACGUACGACUAUGCGCGCCACUUUUUGUCGUCGUGCACACGCAUCCUCGGCCUGCCCACCAUGCCCAACGGCGCCGAGUUCGAGGGCCGUUACGUCCACGUCGGCACCUACCCCAUCGGCAUCGAGCCCAGCCAGUUCGAAGACGGUCUGCAGCGCGAGAGUGUCCAGGAGCGCAUCCGCAGCUUGCAGCGUCGCUUUGAAGGCGUCAAGAUCAUCGUGGGCGUCGAUCGGCUCGACUACAUCAAGGGCGUGCCGCAGAAGCUGCAUGCGCUCGAGACGUUCCUGCAGGACCAUCCGGAAUGGGUGGGCAAGGUGGUGUUGGUCCAAGUGGCCGUACCGUCGCGACAGGACGUAGAGGAGUACCAGAACCUGCGUGCUACGGUCAACGAGGCGGUGGGCCGUAUCAAUGGACGCUUCGGGACGGUGGAGAGUAUGCCGAUCCACUUUUUGCAUCGGUCGGUGAGUUUCGACGAGCUGUGUGCGCUGUAUGCGAUCAGCGAUGCGUGUCUGGUCACCUCGACGCGCGAUGGCAUGAAUCUGGUGUCGUACGAGUACAUUGCAUGCCAGCAGGAGCGUGCGGGCGUCAUGAUCCUCUCCGAAUUCGCAGGUGCCGCACAGAGCCUGAAUGGGUCGCUCAUCUGCAAUCCCUGGGACGCCUUUGCUGUGUCGGACGCCAUCCACGAGGCCCUCACCAUGCCCACCAACGUGCGCAGGGAAAACUUCGAGAAGCUCAGCAGAUACGUCAAGAAACACACCGCUAGCUGGUGGGGCCUCAGCUUUGUCAAUGACCUCAAGAAGAUCAAGGUCGAUGAGGGAGGUGACAGCCCCGGAAACACCUCCAGCCUCUCGUCCCGCCCUUAG